AUGCAGGAAUCGCCAAGGACCUCUCUGUUGCUAAGCGGGGCCGAUGCCGGCCUGCGUGACUCGACUGGAGUGUCUCCCAUUGACCUCGCGGUCGACCACAGCCAAGACAAGAUAGUGGUGGCCUUGGCCCAGAAGGGAGUCGACUUGGAAGGGGCCGACGAACCUUCACUGGAAAGCGCGGUGGGUCAUAAUCACUUUUCCACGGUGAGGGUCCUGUUGGCGGUUGGUGCCAAUGCCAACCCUGUUUCAGAUCACGUGAGCUACACGACGGUGCUGCAAUUCGCUGCUUAUACCGACAAUGCGGCCGCGAUCCCAGUGGUUAUCGAGGCCGGGGCCAAUGUCGAAAGCGCUGACCUGCACGACGAAACCCCGCUGUUUUCUGCAGCCACGCAUGGCUCGUGCGCUGCCAUGCGCGCUAUCUUGCAGCUGGGAGCCGAUAUCGACGCCAAAAAAUGA